UGGAGCAGCUGCCUGAAUCCCCACCAGCCUUCUGCCGCGGUCCGCUUCAGUUUUCGUCAGGUUUUAGAGUUAACCGGUGUAGCAUGGAUACGAUUUAGGCUCAAUACAAGACACCACCGAACAGUCAACAGUUUCAUUUAAAGAAACCUCCUAAUUCCGGCCGAAGUCAGAAUAAUGAUGGAGUAUUGGAGGCAAUGCGCGCUGUGGUUGAUAAACUGCAAGGUGCUUCCAGCUAACCACCGGGUUACGUGGGACUCUGCUCAGGUAUUUGACUUGGCUCAAACCCUCCGGGAUGGAGUCCUCCUGUGCCAUCUGCUCAACAACCUGAAACCCCAGACCAUCAACCUGAAGGAGAUCAACCUCCGACCGCAAAUGUCACAGUUCCUGUGCUUGAAGAACAUCAGGACCUUCCUGGCAGCGUGCAGCGAUGUAUUUGGCAUGAAGAAAACCGAGCUUUUCGAGGCCUUUGACCUUUUUGACGUCAGGGACUUUGGAAAGGUUAUGGACACACUAUCUAAACUUUCCCACACAGUGAUUGCACAACAAACUGGAAUCAGGCCCUUUCCAACAGAGGAGAGUGUUGAAGACGAGGACAUCUACAACCACCUGGAGGACCUCAUAGACGAGAACGGAGUGGAGGAUGAGGAGGAUCUUUAUGACUGCGUGUAUGAUGAUGAAGAAGGCGGCGAGAUCUACGAGGACCUGAUGAAGACAGAAGCCAUCCCUCCUCCGGCGUUCCAGAAGCUGGCAGAGACUGACAUCAGGAGUUGCUGCAUAACAGAGAUCAAGCAGACAGAGGAGAAAUACACUGAGACCCUGGAGUCUAUAGAGAAGCACUUUAUGAUGCCCCUCACCAUGUUUUUAUCCGCAGCUGAGAUGGAGAAGGUGUUUGUGAAUAUUCCGGACCUGGUUAAAGUCCACAAGUGUUUACUGCUGGAAAUCCAAGAUUCAGUCCACCACAGAAGUGCCCAGAACCUUUACCAGAUCUUCAUUACUUUCAAAGAGAGGUUGUUGAUCUAUGGGAAAUACUGCAGCCAUGUGGAGACAGCCAUUGCCACCCUCGAUGACAUCAGCAAAAACAGAGAAGAUGUGCGCAUGAAGCUAGAGGAAUGCUCAAAAAGAGCCAACUAUGGCAAAUUCACACUGAGAGAUCUGCUAGUGGUUCCCAUGCAGAGAGUCUUAAAGUAUCACCUCCUCCUGCAGGAGCUAGUGAAACACACCCACGAUGGCACCGAGAAGAUGAAUUUACGGACAGCCUUAGAUGCCAUGAAGGACUUGGCACAGUACGUUAAUGAAGUCAAGAGGGACAAUGAGACACUGCGAGAAAUAGAUCAGUACCAGAAAUCCAUCGAAAACCUGAAUCAGCGUCUGAGUAAUUACGGGAGACCCAAAGUUGACGGGGAAGUACGAGUGGCCUCAGUGGACAAACGAGCUAAACAGGACAGGCACAUCUUCCUGUUUGAUGCUGCGGUCAUUGUUUGUAAACGGCGAGGAGACAACUACGAGAUGAAGGAAGUGAUUGACCUGCACCUCUUCAAAGUCACCAACAAUCCCACAUCGGACAAAGAGAACCGAAAGUGGUCCUACGGAUUCUACCUCACUCAUAACCAGGGCCAGAACGGCUUUGAAUUCUUUUUCAAGACCAAAGACCUGAAAAAGAAGUGGCUGGAACAGUUCGGCAUGGCCAUAUCGAACAUUCGGCCAGAGAAUGCAACCAACAACUUCCACGAAUUUCGUAUGCACACCUUUGAAAGAAUCACUUCCUGCAACUCUUGCCACAUGCUGCUGAGGGGCAUCUUUUACCAGGGCUACUUGUGCUCCAAGUGCGGUUUAGGUGCCCAUAAAGAGUGCCUGAGUCGCUUCGGCUGCUGCGGAAAAACAGAUUCCAGCUCCGUCAGAACUCAGGGCAAAGAUCGAGAUCCAGGUCUGCCCAAGAUGCUGGUAAUCAGGAACUACUUUGGUUCACCGAGCCCCACUUCAGGUCCAGCGCUCAACAUCCAGACGGGUGACAUCAUUGAAUUAAUCUGCGCCGACAUUCACAGCCCCUGGUGGCAGGGCAAAAUCCUGUCAACGAAAGAGGUUGGCUUCUUUCCAAGCGAUGCUGUGAAGCCUUGCCCCUGCGUCCCGAAGCCUGUCGAUUACUCCUCUCAACCUUGGUUUGCAGGCCCUAUGGAGAGGCUGCAGGCAGAGGCAGAGCUCAUCAACAGAGUGAACAGCACCUACCUGGUGCGCCAUCGCAGCAGAGAGUACACAGAAUAUGCCAUCAGCAUAAAGUACAACAACGACGUGAAGCACAUAAAGAUCCUGACCAAAGAGGGCUCCUUCUACAUUGCAGAGAACAAAAAGUUCAGGAGCAUAGUAGAGCUGAUUGAGUACUACAAACACCACUCCCUGAGAGAAGGUUUCCGGAGUCUGGACACCACACUGCAGUUUCCUUACCGGGAAACGGAGAACGCUGCUGUGCACCGCCUCAACCGAUCCGGUGGCAACGCCCCAUUGCUCUGCGGCCUCUCUCUUCUAACUCCUGCCGGCUACAGCUUUGUACCUCCUUCCUCUGCUCCCUUCUGGUCAGUGUUUACUCCCAAAGUGAUUGGUGUGGCAAUAGCGCGGUACGACUUCAGCUCACGUGACACCCGGGAGCUCUCCCUGCAGGAGGGAGACGUGGUUAAGAUCUACACCAAGUCAGGAGCUAAUGGCUGGUGGAGGGGCGAGGUCAACGGCAGGGUGGGCUGGUUUCCAUCCACGUAUGUCGAAGAGUGUGAGGAGUGAAAGGUCCCGCGUAGGAAAAAAGAGAAGGACAAACGAAGAACGGCAGCAGUGGAGUAAGCAAACUGAUCACAUAACAGUGACUGAGUGAGCUUUUGCAUCCCUGCUUGGCCCCCCCGUGCUACUUUUCAGAGCAAAGCAGACGGCUUCACUCUCCUCCACGGUGCCCUACUGCCUAAAACCAUCCCAGAAGCCUUUGGGAGAGGAAAGGGCUAUAGUACACUGCAGAUGCAAAGAUGCCCAGUCAUUUCUGGUUGCCUCUGUGUGGCUAAGCGACUCCACCGACUAGCAGCUUGCCUGUCAGCGGGGCACAGGUCUUCGCCAGACACCCCCCCCCUCCUCAUUUCAUCCUUCCAUCCAUAAUUCAUCCUUCACUUCCUUCCGCUCUGCCUUAGCCCGCCGCAGCCCCACAACUCCCACCUGUUUCCGCUUGCCAAGUCGGCCGUCGCCUGAACUGUCAGAAGCAGAUACUCAAAUGCCGCUCUUCCAUUCAUCCACUCAUCCAUUCAUCCAUCUAUCCCCCUCACCGCUCCGCGUGGGAAUAGAGUCAUCUGAGAGUUAGGAGAGACUCAAGUUAUUUUCCCCUUUUAUCCUCGUCUCUCACUGAAGGGAUUUCAGUCAGUUUUGACCUUGCCUGCGUGUUUUUUUUUUUGUUUGUUUUUUUCCCCACUAAUGCAGGUGGAUAUUGAUGACUUGAUGACCCAGAUUCA